UUUUUAAAUUCUCAAAAGUCGGAGGAGAGAAUCAAAAACCCACUCAUCAUUCUCGAUUCCAUUUCCAGACCAAAGUCUCAUUCUCCACAAAAACUGACCCAAAAAAAGAAAAGAAAAGAGAAAGAUUCAUUUUCCCAAUCCCAGGAAUCUCAAAUUCCGAUCUCUUUUCGCUUUCAUAGCCGAUCAAAAAAAAAAACACCUCUUUUUCGGAUUCAUGUUUUGUUAGCAACUUGGCACAAACAGGUUUGUGCCUAAAUUAUUCAAUUUUGGUUACUUAUUUGUAAUGCAAUCUGCUAAGACAAAGAAAAGGAAGAACUUGAAGCAUUCAAGAUCAUUCGAUUGCGAGAUGCCAGUAACUGACACCACAAUUUUGAAUUCUCUUGACGAUUGCAUUAUUUUUCCUGUUGAAGAGAUAGUGCAAUAUCCGUUGCCUGGUUAUGGUGCACCAACUUCCAUCAGUUUCAGUCCUGAUGACAGUUUGAUAACCUAUUUGUUUAGUUCUGAUAACAGUUUGAACAGGAAGGUGUUCACAUUUGAUCUCGAAACAUGUAAGCAAGAAUUGGUUUUUGGUCCUCCAGAUGGUGGGCUUGAUGAGAGUAAUAUAUCGGCCGAAGAGAAGUUGAGAAGGGAGAGGUCAAGGGAACGUGGGUUGGGUGUGACGAGGUAUGAAUGGGUGAAGACAAGCUUGAAGAAGAAGACAAUCAUGGUGCCUUCUCCUGCUGGGGUUUAUUUUCAAGAUCUUUCUUUACAACCGGAGCUUAAGCUGCCAAGUACAUCAUCCUCUCCAAUUAUUGAUCCACACGUUUCACCAGAUGGUACUAUGCUUGCUUCUGUGAGGGAUUAUGAGUUGCAUGUGUUAAACCUCUUGAACAAUGAGUCAAAGCAAUUAACAUUUGGCGCUGACGGAAAUGGUUUGACUCAUGGUCUUGCUGAAUACAUAGCUCAGGAAGAGAUGGAUAGGAAAAAUGGCUACUGGUGGUCUUUAGAUAGCAAAUUGAUAGCGUUCACAGAAGUUGAUUCAUCUGAGAUACCGCUUUUCAGAAUCAUGCACCAGGGUAAAAAUACAGCCGGUCCAGAGGCACAGGAAGACCAUGCGUACCCAUUUGUUGGGGCUUCAAAUGUCAAAGUCCGUCUCGGGGUAGUUUCUGCCACUGGAGGUCCGGUAACUUGGAUGGAUCUUCACUGUGGUGAGAAGGGCGGAGCAAAUAAUGAUGAAGAAUAUUUGGCAAGAGUCAAUUGGAUGCACGGAAAUAUUCUAACCGCUCAGGUUUUGAACAGGUCACAUUCUAAACUAAAGAUUCUCAGGUUUGAUAUCAAAACUGGCCAAAGAAAAGUUAUAUUGGUUGAAGAACAAGACACGUGGAUUAAUCUGCACGACUGCUUCAGUCCUUUAGACAAAGGACUUGCUGAAUUUUCUGGGGGAUUUAUUUGGGCUAGUGAAAGGACUGGAUUCAGACAUCUUUAUCUGCAUGACAUGAAUGGGGCUUGUUUGGGAUCGAUAACAGAUGGUGAUUGGAUGGUUGAGCAAAUUGCUGGCAUAGACGAGGCUGCGGGACUUGUAUAUUUCACUGGAACUCUAGACAGCCCUUUGGAAUCUCACCUUUAUUGUGCUAAACUGAUCCCAGAUGGAAACGAUUCCCUGCGGGCCCCACAGAGACUGACUCACAGGAAAGGAAGACACAUGGUUGUUCUUGAUCAUCAGAUGCAGAGAUUCAUUGAUAUUCAUGAUUCGCUCGAUUCUCCACCUAGAAUUUCACUUUGCUCUUUGCAAGGUGGAAAUUUAAUUAUGCAUCUUCAUGAGCAACCAUUCACAAUUCCAAGAUUUAAAAGGCUUCAACUUGAACCUCCGGAGAUAAUUCAAAUACAAGCAAAUGAUGGAACUGUUUUAUACGGGGCAUUAUACAAACCUGACGUAGCGAAGUUUGGACCUCCACCAUACAAAACCUUGAUCAGCGUUUAUGGUGGUCCAAGUGUACAGCUUGUUUCUGAUUCUUGGAUGAACACAGUUGACAUGAGAGCUCAGUAUUUCAGGAGCAAAGGCAUCUUAAUAUGGAAGUUAGAUAACAGAGGAAGUGCUCGGCGCGGCCUUGAGUUUGAAGGCUCCCUCAAGCUCAAUGUUGGCCGUAUUGAUGCCGAGGAUCAGUUGACUGGAGCCAAAUGGCUCAUCAAACAAGGGCUGGCAAAUGUUGACCAUAUCGGUUUGUAUGGAUGGAGCUAUGGUGGAUAUCUCUCAGCCAUGACAUUAGCCCGGUUUCCUGACAUCUUCAGGUGUGCUGUUUCUGGUGCCCCUGUUACAUCAUGGGAUGGGUAUGACACUUUUUACACCGAGAAAUAUAUGGGUUUGCCAUCUGAGAACCGAGAAGGUUACGAGUUCAGCUCUGUGAUGCGCCAUGUGGACAACAUCGAAGGGAAGUUGUUACUUGUCCAUGGCAUGAUUGAUGAAAAUGUGCAUUUUAGGCACACUUCAAGGCUUGUGAAUGCACUUGUGGAGGCUGGAAAGCCUUAUGAAUUGCUAAUUUUCCCUGAUGAGCGUCACAUGCCUCGACGGCUCCGGGACCGAAUGUAUAUGGAAGAGAGAAUUUGGGACUUCAUAGAGAGAAAUUUGUGAUUCUGUGAAUGAUCUUUGUUGCUGCUGUUUGUUCGUAUUUUCUUUGUUGUUGAGCCUGAAUUUUAUUAGGGUAGGGUGAUUGAAUAAACAGGUAGGUUUUCCUUGUAGUUUGAUUGGCUGUUUUGAUGUGCCCCUUUGAAAUCUCCCUUGAGUUGUGUUGUAGGUGCAAUGUAAUACUUUGUAUCAAGAUGCACAUUUACUAAGCUUGAGUAGCUUAUUUUUUGUGUAA